AACAAAUGCAGGUUCCUUUCCGCGCGUGCAGCUGAAGUGCCAUUCGUACGCAGUCACUCUGAAGAAUUUGACAAUGAGACGGAGAAGGACGGUGGAGCGUUCGGUGAAAACUGGUCUGGCGCCAACUCUGACUCCGCAGAGCCGUCAACCAGCGCAGACUCGUUGGCGUCUACCAGCACGAGUCUUGCCCGAUCGCGAAGCAUGACUAUGCAGGACGAAUUGCCAAGAAGUUCACGUAGGGCUGGCGAAUCGAAUCGAAGAACAAAAAGUGAUGUUGACACCACCGAUAAGUGCAUUGCGCAGGCGAUGGCGCAGAGCAGACGGAUCAGCGCAGUCAGCGAGUCUUCAGUGGUUUCCCUUCCUGCCGAUGCGAUCACCACCUUUACUAGCAGCACCUGCAGCUCGCCAUUGGAGGUCGCCGGAUUUCCUCCUCCUCGCAACAACUUUUUGCCCGACUCGAAAUUCGUUGACUUGUCGGCGACGGUAAGCGGCAGCGAUAGCGAUCUCGAAGCGGAGACCGAGAUUCCGCCCUUGGAAGAACUGCUUGACUGGCAUACGUUCCGUCGACUUAAGCCCAAGGAGCGGAAGAGGUUGGAAGUAGUUUACGCCUUCCAUAAAAUCCAUAAUUUGAGUAUAAAUUUUACUAAUAUUGUCUUCUGUCUUAUUUCAGAACUGUUUCAUACGGAAAAGACACAUGUUCGCAACCUAAAGGUACUCUACCACGUCUUCUAUCGUAGAAUCGUUUCCUUGCAGAUUCUACCUAAGGAAUAUGUCUCGCUGAUAUUCGCCAAUUUGGAGGAAAUCUUGGACAUACACAGUAAGACGUCGAAAUUUGAUGAUGAAGCGGGUGAGAAGUUCAAAGACGCCACCUGUAUGUUCUGCCGCAAUCUUCAGCAUGCGCUAGAGGCUCUGAAGCUGCGCAUCAAGAAAGACCAAAAACUGUGCAUGUUUUUGCAGGACGUUGAGCGGGUCCCGAUUUGUCGUAAACUGCAACUGAAGGACAUGCUGCCGAUGGAGAUGCAACGGUUAACCAAAUACCCGCUUCUUUUCGAGACGAUGACAAAGUAUUUGCCGGAAAAUGGGACAGAGAUAGUCAAAGUGAGGCAGUGCAUUGAGCGUUCGCGGUCAAUUUUGGAGGCAGUGAACACGGCGAAGCGAAACGCGGAGAACUACCGGCGUUUGGAGCAGCUACAGAAGCGACUGGAUACUGCGCCGUUCGACAAAGUGCAGCAUCAGAUCGUGGCUGAGUACCGCUCGCUCGACUUGCGUCAGUUUGCUUUGAUAUACGAGGGGGCGCUGAGCUGGCGCCUCGGCAAGAACAAGGCCGUCGAUUUGCACGUCGUCCUGUUCGAUAACUUACUGGUGUUGCUGACAAAGACGUCCGAUGGUCAGCGGUUGACGCUGCGGUUCCAUAACAUCAACCUCAUCUCUGGCAAAGAGGAUGCCAAGUGGACUCAUUGUCCUUUACUGAAAUUGUCCAGCCUCAUGGCAAAGAACGUUGCCACAGAUCCAAAGGCUUUUUUUCUUGUGAGCACCUCAUCGCUUGGACCUCAAAUUUAUGAACUGGUUGCGCAGACGACGGCCGAAAAGAAAAGGUGGUUUAAAUACAUCACUGAGCAGAUCGAUAAGUGCAAAUCGGAGGACCAGCAGAAGGUCGCUACAGACAUCGACUCUGGGUUUAAAUCUUCAUUGCCAGAAGAUCACUUAUAUGAAGUUCCGACGUCAGUUCAAAAGGCCGCUGAGGAAAUGAGGAAAGAUAUUGUGAGUGACACUUACGCUCAGAGACAGGUGGAACUUGUGCACAUCGUCAGCCAGCCGGGCCUCAUCAACCCGUCUGAAGUGUCCGUCUGCCAACCGACUAUAUUCGAGCAAGCAGAGCCUGUUCUAACUCCUCUGGAAAAGAUCAAACGGGACGAUGAUGUUAUUAUGAAGUGCAUAAUCGAGAAACAGAGUAUCGUUUCGCAGCUGCUGUGUAUGGCGUCUGAUACAUCUCUGUCACCUGCCAAUGUGCAUCUACCUGAGGGAAAAAGUGGCCGAAAUGCCAGAGAAGAUAUUUUUUUCGCCAUUGUACAAACCAACAAACUUCUGGAAGCAAUAAACGAACGAACGCGGGUCGUCGUGGUGCCUAACGAUGGCGGUACUUCGCAGCUUGAUUUGCCGGAAGUCACCGGCCCGUCCGUGCCUUGCUCGCAGCUGACGCAGAUCGCGGCGCCUCUGAUGAAUCACCUAUCUCAUCUUCUGCAAAACCUUCGCAUUAUGGAGGAUGAUCUUCGGAGAAUGCAACAAGAAUUGCGCCAAUUCAAAAUCCAAAAGCAGGGCUUGCCGGAAGUAUCUGUUUCGACCAAACCUUCAGAGAAGGUUGAGGAAGGUGUGGACACAGAUGAUUGCCCAUUUCUUACCGUCUGUGAGCAUGCCAACGUGCAGACCGUCAUAGCUGAUCGAUUUGUCAAUGAAGACGUUUCACAAAUACACUCCGUCGAACAACAAGUCUCCGCUUCUUUCGACUUCCCUCGAUUCGUCGUUUCGAGUGACGUUUUUCAUUCUUGCCCAGAUGUUAAAGUUUCGCGUGCGUCGUGUACCGGAACCUUUCUUUGCCAGAAAGCCAUCAAUGGUAAAUUAUCUCUCUGUUACUAUUAA